CAAUGACACCUUCAUGGAAAGAGACAUAUCGGAUCAAGAUACCGUAACUAUGAUGUCAAUUCUUCUAGUAGGAGUAUUCCUAUCUCUGCUGAUUUUCCUGUCGGUAGCCGGCAAUAUUCUAGUUUGUAUAGCAAUUUACACUGAUCGCGGUCUUCGAAGAAUAGGCAACCUCUUUCUGGCUUCACUGGCCAUUGCGGACCUAUUUGUGGCCUCGUUGGUAAUGACGUUUGCAGGAGUAAACGACCUGCUGGGCUAUUGGAUAUUUGGGAGCAAGUUUUGUGAUACCUGGAUCGCAUUCGAUGUAAUGUGCUCCACUGCCAGCAUAUUGAACCUUUGUGCAAUAUCGUUAGAUAGGUACAUUCACAUCAAAGAUCCUUUAAGAUACGGCCGAUGGGUGACCAGACGAGUGGCUUUAGCGACAAUCGCAACGAUAUGGCUUCUUGCUGCACUCAUUUCCUUCGUGCCCAUUAUGUUGGGCUUACAUCGGCCCUCCCAGCCCUUCACCAUCGAAUCGGGAGGACAGAAUUACCCCACUUGUGCUCUAGACUUGACCCCCACGUAUGCGGUCGUAUCCAGCUGCAUAUCUUUCUACGUUCCUUGUAUUGUCAUGUUAGGUAUUUACUGUAGAUUGUAUUGCUACGCUCAGAAGCAUGUGAAGAGCAUCAGGGCCAUUACGAGACCAAUCGACAUUCCAAACUCCACAUCCAAGAAGAAAACUAUGAAGCAGAAGAACAAGGCGCUUCAUAUUCAUCUGCACAAUCACCAAAGCUCCCCUUACCAUGUCAGCGACCAUAAAGCUGCUGUAACUGUGGGCAUUAUUAUGGGGGUUUUUUUAAUUUGCUGGGUUCCGUUCUUCUGCAUCAACAUCGUGGCGGCGUUUUGCAAAACCUGCAUACCAGACAUCACCUUCAAGAUCCUCACCUGGUUGGGUUACUCAAACUCAGCAUUUAACCCGAUCAUCUACUCGAUAUUCAACACGGAGUUCAGGGAGGCGUUCAAACGCAUUUUGACUGCCCGGUAUCCGGAUUGGUGCAAGUGCGGCUACCAAUCAGUGGCAUUGAAUAACGAAAAGUACGUGACUGAUUAUGGUACUAAAACUUUGGUGGUAAACGCGCGAAGGAACGGCUCAUUCGGUGAGUUUUCCAGUGAACAUUUGAGUUGCGAGUCGGUGAGGCAAACUCGAGUUAAUUCAGCGGCCGACGUUUUGGGCGACGAUGUGAGCGACAUUUGACAGGAAUAUGACCAUCUUCAGGACACCAUGGUGUAGAGAGCUAAGGAACGAUGGUGAUUACAUGACUGAUUUAGAGUUAGAUGAAGUUAACUCGGGGAAACUGACAUGCUUAACGAAUAUCUAACAGUCACUAGUAGAUUGUUUCCCUUUGA